UUAUACUGUUACGACGGCUGUGAAAAUUUCUGUGUGGAGCUUAACACUGUCUGUGUUACAGCACCAAGUCGAACGACUACAACAAAAGUAGCAACCAUGCUGACAGCAGAGACAACCACAGAACUAACUACAGAAGAAGCUAGUACCACAGAAAAUAUUACAGCUACAUCAGUGUUAAUAACAAUGACACCUGGCACUACCACAGACCUUAGUGUGCAAGAAACAACUACAGAAUUAGCAACUACUACAGUGCCAACAGCGACUGCCACAGAAUUAAGUACUGAUGAAAACAGCACAAUAGAAACAACGAUACAGUUGUCAACAACAACAGCAGAAACUACCACAAGGCCAUCUACAGGAGAAAUCAGCAAAACUGAAACAACAAUUACAGAGAUACCAUCUACAACAGUACUGACAAUAACGACAACACAGGGUACAGCUGGACUGACUACAGAAGAAACUGGCAGUAUAACAGAAACUACAACUACAUCAAUUCCAACAAAAAUUACAACAGAGACUACCACACAGAUCAGUAUGGAUACAACAACUACAGAGGGAACAACUGCAACUAUGCCAAUACAGACUACCACAGAUUUAACUGCUGAAGGAAGCAGUACAACAGAAACAACAGCUAUGAAUUUAGUAACUACAACAAUGCCAGUGACAACAACAGAGAGUACCACAACAUUAAAUGCUGAAGAAAGCAGUACAACAGAAACAACAAUAACAUCACUGACAACAACAAUGACAACAGAGGCUACCACAGGGCAACCUACAGAAGAAACCAGCACAGCCAAAGCAAGCUCUACAGAAUUACCAAAUACAACAGAGCUGACAACAAAGGUAACAGAGAUGAGUACAGAACUGACUACAGAAGAGACCACUCCAAUAGAAACAGCAACUACAUCAGUGCACACAAUUACAACUGAAGGUACCACAGAGAUGACAGUGGAACUAACAACCACGCAACUACCAACUACUACAAUCCCUACAAUUGCAACACAGUCUACAACAGAAUUUAGUACACAAGCAAGCAGUACAACAGAAUCAACAACUUCAAAUUUAGUAAGUACUACAAUGCCAAUGACGACAACAGAGAUUAACACAGAAUUAAGUGCAGAAGAAACCAGUACAACAGAAACAACAACUUCAUUGUCAACAACAGCUGAGGCAACCACUGGCCUAAGCACAGGAGAAACCAGUACAACCAGAACAACAACUACAGAACUACCAAAUUCCACAGUGCUGACAACAAUGACAACAGAGACUACAGCAGAGCUAAGUAGGGAAACAACGACUACAGAAUUAAUAACUUCAUCUAUGCUGCCAGAGACUACAACAGAGAUAAGUACCGAAAUAACAACUACAGAAUUACCAACUUCAACAAUGCUGGCAACUUCGACAACUGAGAUUACACCAGCACUGACUACAGAAAAUAUCAGUACAGCAGAAACUACAGCUACAGCAGUGGUAACAACAAUGGCAACCGACACUCCCACAGAGCUAAAUACGGAAACAACAACUACAGAAUUAGCAACUACUACAGUGCCAACAGAGACUACCACAGAAUUACGUACUGAAGGAAACAGCACAACGGAAACAACGAUACAGUUGUCAACAACGACAGCAGAAACUACCACAAGGCAACCUACAGGAGAAAUCAGCACAACUGAAACAACAAUUACAGAGAUACCAUCUACAACAGUACUGACAAUAACGACAACACAGGGUACAACUGGACUGACUACAGAAGAAACUGGCAGUAUAACAGAAACUACAACUACAUCAAUUCCAACAAAAACUACAACAGAGACUACCACACAGAUCAGUAUGGAUACAACAACUACAGAGGGAACAACUGCAACAAUGCCAAUGCAGACUACCACAGAUUUAACUGCUGGAGGAAGCAGUACAACAGAAACAACAACUAUGAAUUUAGUAACUACAACAAUGCCAGUGACAACAACAGAGAGUACCACAACAUUAAAUGCUGAAGAAACCAGUACAAAUGAAACAACAAUAACAUCACUGACAACAACAAUGACAACAGAGGCUACCACAGGGCAACCUACAGAAGAAACCAGCACAGCCAAAGCAAGCUCUACAGAAUUACCAAAUACAACAGAGCUGACAACAAAGGUAACAGAGAUGAGUACAGAACUGACUACAGAAGAGACCACUCCAAUAGAAACAGCAACUACAUCAGUGCACACAAUUACAACUGAAGGUACCACAGAGAUGACAGUGGAACUAACAACCACGCAACUACCAACUACUACAAUCCCUACAAUUGCAACACAGUCUACAACAGAAUUUAGUACACAAGCAAGCAGUACAACAGAAACAACAACUUCAUUGUCAACAACAGCUGAGGCAACCACUGGCCUAAGCACAGGAGAAACCAGUACAACCAGAACAACAACUACAGAACUACCAACUUCAACAGUGCUGACAACAAUGACAACAGAGACUACAGCAGAGCUAAGUAGGGAAACAACGACUACAGAAUUAAUAACUUCAUCUAUGCUGCCAGAGACUACAACAGAGAUAAGUACCGAAAUAACAACUACAGAAUUACCAACUUCAACAAUGCUGGCAACUUCAACAACUGAGAUUACACCAGCACUGACUACAGAAAAUAUCAGUACAGCAGAAACUACAGCUACAGCAGUGGUAACAACAAUGGCAACCGACACUCCCACAGAGCUAAAUACGGAAACAACAACUACAGAAUUAGCAACUACUACAGUGCCAACAGAGACUACCACAGAAUUACGUACUGAAGGAAACAGCACAACGGAAACAACGAUACAGUUGUCAACAACGACAGCAGAAACUACCACAAGGCAACCUACAGGAGAAAUCAGCACAACUGAAACAACAAUUACAGAGAUACCAUCUACAACAGUACUGACAAUAACGACAACACAGGGUACAACUGGACUGACUACAGAAGAAACUGGCAGUAUAACAGAAACUACAACUACAUCAAUUCCAACAAAAACUACAACAGAGACUACCACACAGAUCAGUAUGGAUACAACAACUACAGAGGGAACAACUGCAACAAUGCCAAUGCAGACUACCACAGAUUUAACUGCUGGAGGAAGCAGUACAACAGAAACAACAACUAUGAAUUUAGUAACUACAACAAUGCCAGUGACAACAACAGAGAGUACCACAACAUUAAAUGCUGAAGAAACCAGUACAAAUGAAACAACAAUAACAUCACUGACAACAACAAUGACAACAGAGGCUACCACAGGGCAACCUACAGAAGAAACCAGCACAGCCAAAGCAAGCUCUACAGAAUUACCAAAUACAACAGAGCUGACAACAAAGGUAACAGAGAUGAGUACAGAACUGACUACAGAAGAGACCACUCCAAUAGAAACAGCAACUACAUCAGUGCACACAAUUACAACUGAAGGUACCACAGAGAUGACAGUGGAACUAACAACCACGCAACUACCAACUACUACAAUCCCUACAAUUGCAACACAGUCUACAACAGAAUUUAGUACACAAGCAAGCAGUACAACAGAAUCAACAACUUCAAAUUUAGUAAGUACUACAAUGCCAAUGACGACAACAGAGAUUAACACAGAAUUAAGUGCAGAAGAAACCAGUACAACAGAAACAACAACCUCAUUGUCAACAACAGCUGAGGCAACCACUGGCCUAAGCACAGGAGAAACCAGUACAACCAGAACAACAACUACAGAACUACCAACUUCAACAGUGCUGACAACAAUGACAACAGGGACUACAGCAGAGCUAAGUAGGGAAACAACGACUACAGAAUUAAUAACUUCAUCUAUGCUGCCAGAGACUACAACAGAGAUAAGUACCGAAAUAACAACUACAGAAUUACCAACUUCAACAAUGCUGGCAACUUCAACAACUGAGAUUACACCAGCACUGACUACAGAAAAUAUCAGUACAGCAGAAACUACAGCUACUGCAGUGCUAACAACAAUGGCAACCAUCACUUCCACAGAGCUAAAUACGGAAACAACAACUACAGAAUUAGCAACUACUACAGUGCCAACAGAGACUACCACAGAAUUACAUACUGAAGGAAACAGCACAACGGAAACAACGAUACAGUUGUCAACAACGACAGCAGAAACUACCACAAGGCAACCUACAGGAGAAAUCAGCACAACUGAAACAACAAUUGUAGAGAUACCAUCUACAACAGUACUGACAAUAACGACAACACAGGGUACAACUGGACUGGCUACAGAAGAAACUGACAGUAUAACAGAAACUACAACUACAUCAAUUCCAACAAAAACUACAACAGAGACUACCACACAGAUCAGUAUCGAUACAACAACUACAGAGGGAACAACUGCAACUAUGCCAAUACAGACUACCACAGAUUUAACUGCUGAAGGAAGCAGUACAACAGAAACAACAACUAUGAAUUUAGUAACUACAACAAUGCCAGUGACAACAACAGAGAGUACCACAAAAUUAAAUGCUGAAGAAACCAGUACAACUGAAACAACAACCACAGGCCUAACCACAGGAGAAACCAGUACAACCGAAAAAGCAACUACAGAACUACCAACUUCAACAGUGCUGACAACAAUGACAACAGAGACUUCAGCAGAGCUAAGUAGGGAAACAACGACUACAGUAUUAACAACUUCAACAAUGCUGGCAACUUCGACAACAGAGAUUACACCAGGACUGACUACAGAAAAUAUCAGUACAGCAGAAACUACAGCUACAGCAGUAGUAACAACAAAGCUAAAUACGGAAAAAACAACUACAGAAUUAACAACCAUUAUAGUGCCAACUGAGGCUACCACAGAGUUAAAUACUAAAGAAAGCAGUACAACAGAAACAACAAUGAAAGUAGUUACUACAACCAUGCCAACAACAACAACAGCAGAGAAUAUUACCGAAUUAAGUACUGAAGAAAGCAGCACUGCUGACGCAACUACACCAUUGCCAACAACAACAGCAGAAACUACAACGAAACAACCUACAGGUGAUACCAGCACAGCUGAAACAACAGUUACAGAGUUACCAACUACAACAGUGCUGACAAUAACGUCAACAGGAUCCGCAACAGAACUUACUACAGAAGAAACCAGUAGUAUAACAGAAACAACAGCUACAUCACUACCAACAGAAAUGACAACAGAUACUACCUCAGAGAUAAUUAUGAAUACUACAACUACAGAAGUAACAACUCCAACUAUCCCAACACAGACUACCACAGAUUUAACUGCUGAAGAAAGCAGUGCAACAGAAACAACAACUAUGAAGUUAGUAACUACAACAAUGCAAGUGACAGCAACAGAGAGUACCACACCAUUGACAGCUGAAGAAACCAGUACAGCUGAAACAACAACAACAUCUUUGGUACCAACAAUGACUACAGAGACUACAACAGGACAACCUAUAGGAGAAACCACCACAGCCAUAGCAACUACUAUAAAAUUACCAACUACAACAGAGCUGACAACAAAGGCAACAGAGAUGAGCACAGAAAUGAGUACAAAAGAAACCACUAAAUCAGAAACAGCAACUACAUCUGUUCAAACAAUUACAACUGAAGGUACCACAGAGCUGGAUAUGGAAAUAACAACUACACAGUUAACAACUACAUCAAUACCUACAAUGGCCACACAGUCUACAACUGAACAAAGUACACAAGCAACUAGAACAGCAGAGUUAACAACUUCAAAUUUAGUAAGUACAGCAAUGACAACGACGACAGCAGAGAUUACCACAAAAUUAACUGCAGAAGAUACCAGUACAACAGAAACAACAAAUUCAUUGCCAGCCGAGGCAAUCACAAGCCCAGCUACAGGAGAAACCAGUACAACCGAAAGAACAGCAGGAUUACCAUCUGACACAGUGCUGACAACAACAAAAAUAGAAUCUACCACAGAAUUAACAGCAAAUGAAAGCAGUACAACAUUAACAACAACUACAUCAGUGCCAACAAUGAAAACAGAAGCUACCACAGAGCUGACCUUAGAAACAACAACUACAGAAUUAAGAACUUCUACAAUGGCAACAAUGAGUACUGAGACUACCACAGAUUCUCCCACAGAAGAAACCAGUAAAACUACUACAGAACUGGAAAGUACAACAAUGCUACCAACGGAGACUUCUUCACAGUUACAUACAGGAGAAAUCAGCAGAACAGAGUUAACAACUACAUCAAGGCCAACAACAAAGAAUACGAAUGAACCAACUAUGGUAGAAAGCAGUACAACAAGGAUAACAACCAAGCAGACAACAACAAGGCUUCCAACUGCCGCUACAACCAGUAUGGCAACAUCAGUUGCUCCAACAAAUGCUCCACCUACUGAAGCGCCAUUUACAUGUGAAUCAGCUGGAGAGUUUCAAGAUCUCGGGAACUGCAGCAACUUUUACCUCUGCAUACCACUGUCAUCAGGGGACUUUGUGUACAUAAUGUUUUCAUGCCCAGAUGGGUCACAGUUUGAUUCUGUGACUAAGAAGUGUUCUCAGAAUGCAACGUGUAUUGCUCCAUCAUGUAAUGACUUUGGAUUCUAUUGUCUCAGCACUUCACAAGUCCAGUUAUGUUAUGAUUCAAAACCACCAAGUGGGGAUGCUUUCACAUGUCCUGCAAACACAUACUGCAGUAUGGACUGUCAGUACCCAUGCUGGGCAGAUAUUCCUUGUACGACCACUGCAUCCCCCUCAACAUCAACAACAGUUUUACCUACAUCGACAGUGACGCUACCACCAACUACUACUGCAGAACCGUUCGUCUGUUCAGAGACUGGACGGUUUCCUGAUCCUGCUAACUGCAGUCUUUAUUAUGUCUGCUCUCCCAAAUCUUCAGGUGGCUUCUACACGAUGCACUUUUCUUGUCCUCCGCCAUUAUUGUAUAAUCCUAGCAUGCGACAAUGUUCUGACAGUUUUACAUGCACAGUGACUACUGAAUCUCCCGCAAUGUCCACAACGUUACCACCAACCACUAUUGAGUCCCCCUCAGCGUCUACAACAGCUUUGGCAACAACGACAGUUACACUGCCUCCAUCUACCGGCGAAUCUCCCUCAACGUCCACAACAGUUUCCCCAACAUCGACAGUGACGUUACCGCAAACUACUACUGCAGCACCAUUCGUCUGUUCAGAGGCUGGACGGUUUCCUGAUCCCGCUAACUGCAGUCUCUAUUAUAUCUGCUCUCCCAAGUCUUCAGGUGGCUUCUAUACACUGCAUUUCUCUUGUCCUCCAUCAUUGCUGUAUAAUCCUAGCACACAACGAUGUAUUAAUAAUUUUACAUGUUCUAUCACAGAGUUGGUUGAUAGCACCGUGCCAACAAUAGUCGCGUCAACAUCAAGGCCGUUUAUUUGUGAAGUAUCUGGACGUUUUGCUGAUCCAGAAGACUGCAAAUCAUACUAUAUAUGCUCGCCAAAAUCGUCCGGUGGAUUCUAUACAAUGCAUUACCAGUGUCCUCCAUCAACAGCUUACAAUCAAAAUACAAGCCAGUGUACCACAGCAUCGAGUGUUAAUUGUGGAGUUGCUUAUUAAUGACACAUGAAAUGUUUUAUUGAUAUUGAUUGUUAUAUUUAAUUCCUAUUUACAUAGCGACAUAACAUGUUUUUGCAUGAUUCUACUGAUAAUAUUAUUGUGUGAAUCAUGCGAGUGUGGUAUGUUCUGUGCAGAAUUAAAGAGUUUUGCAGGAAGUAAGAGAUA